AUGUCAUCGUCCAUGGCCGUCCUGUUCACUGCGGCAUUGACUGCCCAGAUUGCCGUUGCAGCGCCUGCUGAAGUCACCGCCUCCUCGUCCUGCAGUUCUCCAAGCCGGGGAUACAGCUGCUUCCCGGAGUACUCUCAGUUCUGGGGCCAAUAUUCUCCCUACUUCUCCCUGGAGGGCCGCUCACACAUCCCUUCCUCGGUCCCCCGCGGCUGCAGGAUCACUUUCGCGCAGUCUCUUCAGCGACAUGGCGCCAGAUACCCUACCAAGAGCAAGAGUGAGAAAUACGCCGGCGUGAUCGAACGCAUCCAAAACGAUGCCACGUCUUUCAACGGCGAGUUUGCCUUUUUGGAAGACUAUACAUACGAUCUUGGGUCGGACAACAUGACCGCCUUUGGGGAUAGCCAACUUUACGAUUCAGGCAUCAAGUUCUUCCAACGAUACCAGUCCCUGGCCAAGAAAGUGAAGCCAUUCGUGAGGGCAGCUGGCUCUGACCGUGUUGUUGCUUCGGCCCACAAGUUCGUCGACGGCUUCACCAAGGCCAAGGGUAACAACAAGGGCGGUGCCGCGAAGCUUGACCUCAUCAUCAGCGAGUCGAACCGUCGGAAAAAUCCAAUUGCUCCAGAAGGCUGCGCUGCCUUUGACGAUGACGAUACUGCCAGCCAAAUGAGCGACAAAUUCCGAAGCACCUUCAUCCAAUCCAUCGUGGACCGCGUCAAUGUGAACCUGCCGGGCGCCAAUGUCGAUGCAGAGGAUGUCAAAAGUCUCAUGGCAAUGUGCCCCUUCGACACCGUUGCCCGCACCCCUGACGCCAGCAAACUAUCCCCAUUCUGCAAGCUUUUCUCCCACGAAGAUUUCCGCCACUACGACUACCUCGAGACUCUGGGUAAGUACUACGGCUACGGCCCCGGAAACUCCUUCGGCCCGGCUCCCGGAAUCGGCUAUGUCAACGAGCUCAUCGCGCGGCUCACCAACUCGCCUGUCCACGACAACACGACCGUCGACCACGAGCUAGAUGACAACCCGAAGACCUUCCCGCUCGGUCUCCCACUCUACGCCGAUUUCAGCCACGACAACAGCAUGACCGUCAUCUUCGCUGCCAUGGGCCUGUUCAAUGCCACCCAAGCCCUCUCCUCGCAACACAUCACCAACCCUGCCGACGCGAACGGCUACGCUGCCUCCUGGACUGUCCCAUUCGGCGCCAGAGCCUACUUCGAGAAGAUGGUCUGCGACUCAUCCCCCAUAGCCCGCCAGGAGUACGUCCGUGUCCUACUCAACGACCUCGUCUGGCCGCUCCAGGGUUGCCAUGUUGACAUGUACGGUCGAUGCAAACUGGAGGAUUUCGUCAAGGGCCUGUCCUUUGCUACCUCGGGUGGUAACUGGGACCAGUGCUAG